CGUCGCCGUGGUCGUACCCAGUACAACCUCGCCCGACCUGGCUUGUUUUGCACUAGGCCCGCUAGUGCUCGCGUCCGAGUCACUUAUUACGCACACGUGCUGUUUGAAAAUAUUUUCUCAGACGCCCCUCGGAAGCCUUCAUGAGUCAGCAGCAACAGCGAACGAAGUGGAGCAACCGCGUCGCAGUCGCAGGCGGCGAAGGAGAAAGAAAAAGUGCGCUCGAGUCUUGCUGGUGCCCUUCGUGCGCUGGCCCCGCACCUCGUGACAGUGAUAAAGAAGCAAACUCAUUAAAAACACGCCAACCAAUCGAAGCAACCGGUAGUAACGGGACGGAGUGGUCAGCCAGCGUCCGUGCUCCACUUGGAUUGGCCUGGCAACCAUAGCAACCGACGAGCCCGCCAGUAACCACUUCACCUGGCGCAAUUGCAGCCGACCAGGUGAUAGUAGUUGGACGAGCACCAAAUUCAAAAGUAAACACAGUUUAAAUUAAAAACGUCGGUUGACCUUCCGUUGGUCAGUGCGAAGUGGGGUACCGUAGUCGUAGCCGUAAAAAACAGCGGAAGGCUGCGGCACAGUUGUGUGAAUGUUGGGAUACCAGUAAGCCCAGCACCGUACGAGGUACGAACCCCCGAAACGCGUUGUAAAAGAUCGCUCAAUCAUCAUUUCGGAACCAAUCAAUUCCGGACGGUGUAUGGGGGAGCCCACCAAAGCCCCCCUCGAAAAAUAGGAAUAUAGCCUAGACUUUGUGCGCGGCCACGGUCUGGCCUCUGGCCCCUAGGGUUGGCAAAAACCGUAAGGGAUCUAGGAAAACGACGUUAUCUGUGCCGGGAGGGUGCAGUGUUCGAAUCGUAGAACCCCAGCUUAUCGGUGUCUACAGCGCACCACUUCAAGGGUCCGGUUGCCCAACUUUUGCAACACAACGAGUGUCAGCGAGAGCGGAUCCAGGUGUAUGCCGAGCACGUACCUACCACUUCACGUGCUGCUGCGAAUGCUGAUCGUCUUCCGGCUGUCGGAGCAUCGUCUGCGAAGAUGUUGGCCUCUUUGUUCUUCGGCACCCUAACGGUGGUUCUGCUCAUCGCCGUUCACGCCUCACCGGCGGCAGGCUAUCGGAUGGGUGUGGGGAGGGCGGACUGUACCGGUCCGCCGGUCGAGAUUGGCUUCAUGGGCUACGGAGAAUUUUCGCAGCGCGGCCAGGGCAUCCACCUGCGGCAGUUCGCCCGGGCGUUCGUGUUCGAGGAGGAGGACCGCGCCGACGGGAAACGCGUCGUGUUCGUCAGUGCCGAUGCCGCCAUGAUGGGACACGCGGUCAAGCGUGAGGUGCUGGCGCUACUAGCAACUCGCUACGGAAGCGUUUACCGCUUCGAGAACGUGGUACUGAGCGGUUCUCACAGCCACAGCGUCCCAUCCGGCUUCCUGAUGUCCACCAUUUACGAUAUCGCAUCACUGGGGUUUGUGCCCCAGAACUUUGAUGCACUCGUCGAGGGCAUCACGCUGGCCAUCGUGCGGGCACACGAGUCGAUGCGGCCGGGACGGUUGUACGUUUCGGAGACGCUCAUCCCGGAUGCGAACAUCAACCGGAGCCCGAGUGCGUACGAGAACAACCCGCGGGAGGAGCGCGCCCGGUACCGGGAUUACACGGACAAGCGGUUGGUUCAGCUGCGCCUGGUGGACGAAUCGAGCGGGCAGCCCUUUGGCUCGAUCAACUGGUACGCCGUCCAUCCGACUUCGAUGAACAAAACGAACCGAUACGUGUCCAGCGACAACGUGGGCUACGCGUCGGUGUUGCUCGAGCAAGACCGGAACCGGGAGCGGAUUGCGGGUCGCGGUGCAUUCGUCGGUGCGUUCGCGUCCACCAACCUGGGUGACGCUUCGCCGAACCUGAUGGGCCCGAAGUGCGAAAAGACGGGCCUACCGUGUGACAUGCUGACCUCGUCCUGUCCGUCCGGUGCCGGAUUUUGCAUCGCGUCCGGCCCCGGGAAGGACAUGUUCGAGAGCACCAAAAUCAUCGGCACAAGGCUGUACAAUGCUGCCGCGGAGCUGCUGGCUGCCGGUGGGGGUCGCGAGGUGACUGGACCGAUCAAGUUCGUCCAUCAGUUCGUCGACAUGUCGCAAACGAAAGUGACGUACGUGGAUGUGGAGUCGGGUGAGCUGAAGACGGGCCACGGGUGCUACCCGGCCAUGGGAUACAGCUUCGGGGCGGGCACCACCGACGGGCCGGGAGCGUUCGAUUUCCGGCAGGCCCAGCUGACGGACACGCGGUUCUGGAAUACGGCGCGCGACCUUCUGGGGCAACCGACGGCCGAGGACAAGCGAUGCCAGGCCCCGAAACCGAUCCUGAUCGCGAGCGGGCGGACCAAGUUCUCGUACGAGGCCCAGCCCAAGAUUGUUCCGACGCAGGUGCUCUACGUCGGUGACUUCAUCAUGGCGGCGGUACCGGCGGAGUUCACCACCAUGUCCGGGCGGCGUCUGCGUGAGGCCAUCCGUCAAGAGGCAACCCGUGACGGAUCGGUGGCAGAACCAACCGUCGUCAUUGCGGGACUCUCAAAUAUGUACACGAGCUACGUGACAACGCCGGAGGAGUACGCCAUCCAGCGGUACGAAGGGGCUUCGACGCUGUACGGUCCACACACGCUCCCCAUCUAUCUGGAGCAGUUCCGUAAGCUGGUCCGGGCCAUCAACACCGGCGAAAGGCUCGAGCCAGGACCGAUGCCACCGUUCGAGGACCACAAGCAGAUCACGCUCUCCACGGGAGUCGUGUUCGACGGGCAUCCCUUCGGGUGGUAUUACGGCGACUGCAAGGUGCAACCGAAGGAAACACCUUACCACCUGGGCGACACGGUUCGCGCGAUGUUCAUCGCUGGCAAUCCGCGCAACAACCUGAUGCACGAGGCAACCUACUUCACCGUGGAACGGCUACGGACCGAUGCCGAGCGGUCACUCGAGACCAACAGCGUGGAAGAGCCCCAGCCCGCCGACGGCAAAUGGGAGGUGAUUGCGACGGAUGCGAACUGGGAAACGAAAUUCAAAUGGUACCGACGGUCGACACUGUUCGCGUACAGUGACAUCGAGCUGGAGUGGGAGAUCACCGACGUGGUCGAUCCUGGAACGUACCGGAUCCAGCACUUUGGUUACUGGCGCUACAUUCUGGGCGGCACAUUCCCUUACAACGGGACGACACGAAACUUUUACGUCGAGUAGCCGUGCUCCGGGCGGAUAUCACUUGUGCCAAUAAUAGAGUAUACACGCGACGCCGUGAGCGGUCCGGAAGAGCUGUAAGCUCGAAGGAACUGUAUGCAACGCACAGUAUGAUGGGUUUAGUUGGGUUGGGAUAGAUCGCGUAAGUACGUUGAAAGAGACACCCCGCCGUCGGAGCCAGUGGACGACAGUACGUGAUUUCGCUAGCACACCGAUACGGUUCGAUAUUUAUACCAAAAAUUAAAAUGAUUUCCCUUCCUUCUUCAAAGCUAUUUAUGGAGCACAACGAAUGGUGAUGCUAUUUGGGAAACGUUUGUUUCCCUUACAAGGUUGUCCAGUUGUUUUGAAUGUAAAUUAGGCGUAUAUUUAUUAGGCGUUUAUUCUGUGCAAUA